AGGAUUAUCUUCAAGUAGCAUUAUAUCCAGCACAGUAUGCUCAUUUUCCAGAAGACAGGCUAUAAAAGCAGUUUUGUCAAAUUCUGCCUGCAUUCAUCAAAAGACUAAAAAACUACAACGAGGCAUGAUGUCCAGCAGGAUCAUGGGGCGUUUGUAUUGCUCGUCAUCGGGAGUCUGUUGGAACUGUAGCGCUGAACUCUCGCGGUCUGCGACCUCCAGUGGAGGCCCCCGCGUCGGUGCUUUAUUUUGUGCAUCGUGCAAUAUGAUCCAGCCGCUGGAGGAUGGAUUGAACAGUUUUCAGAUUAUGGGAAAAGAGGAGAAGUUUGAUAUGGAUGUGCAAGAUCUGACUAAUAGCUUCAGGGACCUUCAGAGGCUUCUGCAUCCAGACAAAUUCAGCAAUAAAUCAGAGAUAGAACAGAGCUACUCUGCUGCACAGUCAUCGGCUGUGAAUCGAGCAUACAAGGUGCUUCUCAAACCACUGUCAAGAGGACUCUAUUUGCUUGAGCUCAGAGGGUUCUCGAUAGAGGAAGGGGAAAGCAACAUAGACCCAGUAUUCCUCAUGGAGGUGAUGGAAAUCAAUGAACAGAUAGCCGAUACUGAUGAUCUAGACACCAUCAGGCGAAUGGGAAAAGACAAUUCAGUGAUUUUGAAUGCCCAUCUUGAUGAACUGCAAGCUGCUUUCAAUAAAGCCGACUAUUCUGGAGCCCGAGAGACGUUGAUGAGGUUGAAGUACUAUGCCAACAUCGAUGAUAAAGUGAAGGAGAAGCUAGGCACAGACUGAGAUGCACACAACAAAGGAGACCCUAUCAGUCACAUCCAACCUUGUGCUGUCAAGUCAAGUCUGAUCUCUCAGGUUUAUUUCUUUUCUGGACAAGUCAUGGCUAUUUUGUCCAUUACGUUGCCAACUACGUCAAAGGUUCAUGUUGUCAAAUAACUAUAAAUGUCUUAUGCAAAUGAAAUCUGUUGUCUUUCGGCCUCCUACAAACUUUGGCAUUGUAGAAUGUGCUGCAUACAGCGUAUAUUUUGUUCAUGUACUGGAUCCGGACCCCACGGAAGACUAGCUCCCCAUUUGGGGUAAGCUGAAUGUGGGCAAUCCACCGUAUCUCAUUUUUUGUACGGAAAGAAAUAAUACUACUACCACUACAAGACCAGCACAGCAACAGUUAUAGUAUUUUGGUCUAACAUUAGACCUAGAACUAGUUUCAGUAAACUUGCUCUGAGCUAGUAGUACAGUAAGUCUAGAUCUAAAUUAGAUUUAGAUCUUGGACCCUAAUUUAAAAAACAUUUAGGCUCUCCAAAGCAUUGAGAAUUUUUUUUUUUUUUCUUUUUUUUUUCUUACUGCUAAAAAUGUAUAUUGACUUGAACACCUAACAGUUUGUUUGGAACUUGUGAUGGGUGAAAGUUGAUAAAAUUGUAAGUGUACAAGAAUAUAAGGAUGAAGAUCACAGAAGAGUUAGACAUUUUAUUUUGGAAUUGAUAAAAGUUAAACAUAGAGGGGGAAAAGAAAAAAAUUCAUCAGUUCAAUGAAGAGAGUGUCAUUAUAACAAGAUUGCAGAAGAGAGGGUCUUAUAUAUUUUUUCAUAAGAGAGUUAAAUAUUUCAGUUCUUUCUUUAAAAUUUGGGGCUCUAAAAAGAGCCAUUGGAUUAUAAGUGAGAUGUAAAUUCUCAACGAACAACUUGUAAAUGUCAUUGGAAGUCGUCACUGUCGUCUGACCAUGUCAAGGUACCUCUCGCGUGGUUUUGGGCUGUAGGUCCCCUAGGAUCUGGUCUCUCCCCCUGGGUGGGAGACCUGGGUGCAGAAGUUAACGAUGCCUGGUUUGCUUGAUGUUUAUCCAUGUAAUCCUUCAGUUGUUCUUUAGUGCUUGGACAAUGAGAAGUCGUUGGUUGCUCCCCCCUGGAAUCCCCUGAUAUGUGUUACAUUAUAUGUACAACAAUCUACUUAUAGCAGAUUCAAAAAGUUGUAAUAAGAAUAUCGCACCUGGCUGAGUUCCUCCAGAGAAAGCGUUGUCGUAAUGAAGUAGACUAAAUGUAGUUAAUAACACUCACAUAUGGGACUAAGCACUUCGUUGUAUGUUGAAACAGAGAUUCUUGAAGCCACUUUUCAAUCACAAAAUAUCACAAUUCAAUUGUUGUUUUAUUGGGUAAAUGUCACAAUAAGCACAUUUGUCAAUUUCUAAUGUCAGAUAUCAGAACCAUAAAUGAAUUUAUGUGAAAAUGAAGCUUCCCAACACAGUUUUUUGCCAUAACAGAAGCGGUCUUCCCUCCACGGGUAAAUGUAGAUGGCACCUCUUUGUCUUCUUCAAUUCAAUUCAAUUCAUUUAUUCAUCAAUAUAUAAAAAUACAUACAUUAAAUUGGGUAUGAAUGCAUAUGACAAAUAUAAAAAGAUGGACUAAGUAAUAUCUGUAGUUGACAGCACAAGUAACAUUAAUUGAGUGGGGAUCAGAUUAAAGAUCUAUUUAAAGAUCUUGUGAAUUCGACACCAUUUCGGUCUCCCUAGUCACCAUUUUGAAAAUUGGAAAGCAAUACAUAUCAAACAUGUACAAAUCAAUGCAUAACAGUUAUAAAACAUUAUUACACAUGCUAAAGUAAGGUACACUUUCAGCGACAGUUAAAAAUCGUAACAUUUGGUCACUACACAGUACACACUCAACUCAGCCCGACAGUAAAUAUCAUUAAAAACAGUUGGCAUUACAUCAGCUAUUAUUAGAAAAUCAUUUGUUUUAAAUGUAGAUAUGAGUCCCAUCAAUUGCACCUAGAACACCUGGCAACCUGCUGUACUGGUAGAACUGCUGCUGUGUUUCUUCUACUUCUUCUCUUGAUGUUGGGAACCCCAUGAAUUAUGGGGUAAUUCUUCCCUUCUUCUUGCAAAAGCUUCUGACACAUCUUUGACGACUCUGCAUACAGAAAACUGUGAAAGCUGUGCCUCAUCACCAUGUAUCUUUUGGAAAGACUUGGUAAAAAGAAGAACUCUUUAAACAAAUAUAUAAUUCUUUUUAUUUCUGGCUAUCCUUGGGGCUUAGACUGUCAUGCAGUAAGGUUCAUUCAAAGUUUCCUACGUUACAAAUCUUAAUUAUAAACAAUCAAGAUGAUUAUGAAUUUCUGAACAUUCAUUUAGCACAAUGUCUAAUUAUUUUGUUGUCACUCUUCUUACAUAUAUAUCUCAACAAUUUUUUAUAAACAAUUGUAAACAUAAAGUCAACUUUACAUAUUGUGCACAAAUUGCACAUAAAACACAUUAAAAGAACAAAAUAUUUGCCACAUGCUCUCAAAAUUACAACCUCAAUGAUAUGAUACCUGAUACUUUUUAUUUUGGGAAAUAUAUUUUUGUGUAAAAGAAAUAGAAAUGAAUGGUUUGUAAGCGUAGUGGCGAUAUGAGUCAUUGUUCUUCGGAAUAUUGCAGGGGAAGUUGUCCCUGCUUGCCUGCAUGGCAGCGACAAGCACUGUCCCAUUGGUAACUCCGUCUGAGAAGUUUUGAGUAGACGUUACACAAGGACGUAACCUGCAACAAACAUUUUCCACUUCUGUCGGCAUCAGUCGAGAUUUGGUGCAGAUGCACCAUGGAGCUGCCUCGUCUUCUUCUGGUCUCUUACAUUUCUUUUUCCUCCUGGGUCUAUCGAAGUUAUAAUAUGUUGACCGCUUUUCUCUACGCAAAUACAAUACAAGAUUAAAAAAUUUUCUUUUUUUUCUUUGGUGGGGUAUACAACCUCUUCAGUUCUAGAGGUGUCCAAAAAACUCUUGUAUUGUUGAUCGUAUGUAAACAUACUUUUCUCCUACGUUUUUUUAAUUGGGCUUUCCUCCUACUCCUAGCAUGCUCCAUUCUCCGUUUCCACCUAAUAUAUGGUUUACAGGUGAUGGUAGAUGACAUGAUGAUGAAAAUUCAGUGUUGUUGAAAUGCAUUAUUACAAGUAAGGGCUCUAUAUUUUUUAUUUGAUUUUAUUUUAUUUAUUGGUUUCUGCUGCA